AGAUGGAAAUAUAACAUGUGCGCUGUAUUUCUUGCCUUUCCUUUCAUGAUAAAUUAAAAUAUUUAAUGUCUAUAUAUGUAGACACAAACAUAUGUAAGGAAAAACUAAUGUAUAGCUAGGUGGAGUAUUUUUCGACUUCAGUUACGUACAAGAAGUAGCUCUCAAUAACCUAGUCUUUUUUUGAGUUGAUUUACCAUAAUUAAAAUAUUUUGAAUUUGAAUUCUACAAAAAUUUAGGCUGUGAGAAUAGGAUUUAAGGUAGCAUUGGAUAAUGAGUGGUUCUAGCCAGUGUGGGGACUGGGAAAAUAAAAGAAUUGUGAAUUGAGGAUUGAGAAAUAGGAGUAGGACUAAUGAUGACGCCUCUGCCUCUCUCUGUCAACACGCCCCUCCCCUCUCACUCUCACCACGGCCACGGCGCCUCUGCACACUUUCCCACCGCCCCCGCCCCCGCCUCUCCCUUUCCCACUCGCGGGUCGCGGCGGCUAACACCGGAGUUCCUUCGGCCUUUGCUCGACUCUGAGUCCGAGCUCCGGCGGUCCAGCAGUUCAGCAGUCUCAGCCACCGGUGCCUCCCUCUAUCAACAAAGAUCAGAAAUUGUAAUGGAGGAAACCAAGGAAGAACUGAAGCACAUAGUGCUUGCAAAGUUUAAGGAUGGCUUGUCCGAACAACAGAUUGAUGAAUACAUCAAAGAGUACGCCAACCUUGUCAAUCUUGUUCCUUCCCUGAAGGCCUUCAGAUGGGGUAAAGAUGUGGGCAUUGGAAACAAGCAACAAGGUUUCACUCAUGUCUUCGAAUUAAGCUUUGAAAGCACACAAGGGAUUGCUGAAUAUAUUUCCCAUCCAAAUCAUGUCGACUAUGCAAACAGAGUACUGCCACAAUUGGAGAAACUCAUCUCUGUUGAUUACAAGCCCACUUAAGUCCUAGUCUGAAUCAACACUUCACUUCUCACUUUGUUGAAUUCAAUAAUAGUAAUGUGUAAACUUCAAAGACUCCUGUUUUACCUUUUGUAAUGCUUUCUGUUUAUGUUUCUUGAACAAUUAGAAUUAGAGUUGAUGUGCAAUCUCAUCUGUAAUAUGGGUGUCAAUUUGGAUAUUGAUUUACCUGUUCCAAAUGUCACAAAUCUAGCCUUUUGAGGUGAGAUACCAUUCCUCCUUCAACUUCAAAA